UUCCCUCUGACUGCACAGACUGCGUUACCGCAGCUACUUCUAAUGGACGUAUUGGCUGUUCCUGCAGAUCGGCAGAAAGGAUGGUACCUUUCACUCAUGGCCCCCAAUACAAAGGGGCCAGAGUUUGCCUGGCUGGACCCUUCCAGACUCUACUGCAACUCGCAGGCGCUGGCAGACUGUGUCAAAGACCUUCUGAGUGUGUUUCACAGCGACCCCAUUGACCUGGUUGCUGGGAUUGAUGCCAUGGGAUUCAUUCUUGGAGCAUCUAUUGCUGCAACUCUUGGAAAAGGCUUCCUGGCGAUUCGUAAAGCGGGUCAUCUGUGCGUGGCGACUGAAAACCAAAACUACACAGACUACACAGGCAGAAAAAAGACUAUGGAAGUAAGGCUGGAUGUGCUAAAACCAGGUAUGAGGGUUCUGCUGGUGGACCAGUGGAUAGAGACAGGAGGCACUAUGAGGGCUGCCAUCCAGUUGGUGGAGAAACAGGGAGCCACGGUUGUUGGCGUAGCCGCUGUGGCCAUUGAGAACACGGAAGGAGGGAAGUGGAUCAAGGAAAACUACAAGUUCUCCCACUGCAUCCCAGAAGGUCUGCAGAGUCAAGUCGAUGGAAAAUAUAUGAACAUUUUGAAAAGCUUUAACAAGUAGAAGAUUUUCAGAGCUUAAUGAAGAGAAAAUAAACUUUAUAUCAAAUACUUUAAUUUGCAUAGAAAUACAGCAAGGUAAUUAUUAAAUGACUUAGGUUUUGAUAUUUUUUUACUAACCAAAAUAAUAGCACAGGAUUUCUCGUGUAAUAAAAAUAAAAAUCAGACACUUGAAUCAAAACAGUUGAUGCUCACAAAGACAAAAUAAAAACUCUACAACAAAUUCAGUCACUGAUUAAAUAAAAACAAUAAGUAAGUACCUAUCAAGCUUCCUGGAAAUA